ACGCUAUCUUCCGACGUAUGUAACUUCUGGAAUGAAUCAACCCCGCUUUACGGGACUCCUCUUCGGCGACCUCCUGUCAUCGGAACAAUCGGGUAACCGCUUCCCGUCCCUUCAUAUAUGAUCGAUCGACCUCACCACCAUGAGCCUUUCUCGAUCCACAAAGAUCAACAAUUGCCAUGGGCUCAGUAACCAAAGUCCUCGUCGCAAACCGCGGUGAGAUUGCACUCCGGUGCAUCCGCUCCUGUACCUCCGCCAAUAUCCCUACCGUUGCGAUCUACACCCCCGCUGACGCAGCCUCCCCUCACACCCUCCUCGCAACCGAGAAAGCCCUCUUGCCUGGCCCAAACGCAACAGCCUACCUUGACAUUGACGCGAUCAUUGCCAUUUGUCAUGAACGGGGUGCAGACGCUGUGAUCCCCGGGUACGGCUUUCUCUCUGAGAAUGCGGAUUUCGCGAGGAAGUGUGAGGAGGAAGGGAUUACGUUUAUUGGACCUAGUGCGGAUGUGAUGGUGGAGUUUGGGUUGAAGCAUCGAGCGAGGGAAUUGGCUAUCAAGGCUUCCGUGCCAGUCGUGCCCGGAACCGACCUUUUGACUUCCGAAGAGGAUGCACUCUCGGCCGCCGAGAAGCUCGGGUACCCUAUUAUGCUCAAAGCAACCGGCGGUGGUGGCGGGAUGGGUCUCCAAGUCUGUCAGUCAUCCGGCGAUAUCUCCAAAGCGUUCAACCUCGUCAAAAGCCGCGGAGCAACACUCUUCAAGAACUCUGGCGUGUUCUUGGAGAAAUAUUAUCCGGAUUCACGACAUAUCGAAGUCCAAGUUUUUGGUAACGGGCUGGGUGAUGCAAUCGCCUUUGGUGAGCGCGAGUGUUCGAUCCAACGUCGUCACCAGAAAGUUGUCGAGGAAUGCCCUUCGUCUUACGUAGCCUCCACACACCCCGAACUCCGUGCGAAGCUAUGCGAGGCUGCGGAGAAUUUAGCGAAGAGCGUCAAGUAUGAAUCAGCGGGAACGAUCGAGUUUUUGGUCGAUGACGCGACGGGCUCCUUUUUCUUUUUGGAAAUGAAUACGAGGUUACAAGUCGAGCAUGGUAUCACCGAGCUCUGUUACGGCGUCGAUCUCGUGGAGCUCAUGUUACGUCAAGCCAACCUCCGCCGUUCCUCAUCCUCCGGGAUCCCUGGAGAUGAGUUAGCUGUGAUGAGGAAUUGGCGACAAGGACCCCAGGGCGCAAGUAUCGAAGUUCGACUCUAUGCCGAGAACCCGGCUAGGGAUUUCGAACCCUCGCCUGGGACGUUGCAGUAUGUUUCGUUUCCUGAGGGGGAUGGGAUCAGGGUUGAUGGAUGGGUUGGGACCGGGAGCGUGGUUAGUCCGUAUUAUGACCCGUUGUUGGCGAAGAUUAUGGUUCAUGCGCCUACCCGCUCAGAGGCGAUCGAGAAGUUGGUGAAGGUGUUGACCGAGUCAAAGGUGCAAGGCACGCCGACGAAUAAGGACUUCUUGGCCAAGAUCGUUGCGUCUGAGCCAUUUGCGGAGGGUGCUACGUUGACGAAUUUCUUGACGACAAAGUUUACGUAUAGGCCGUGUGCGAUCGACAUUAAAUCACCCGGAGCCUACACUUCGAUUCAAGACCUCCCUGCUCGCCGUGGUGUCGGUAACGGUGUUCCGGAAUCCGGACCCAUGGAUUCGCUGGCGCUUCGUUUGGCGAAUAUCAUCGUAGGGAAUGCGCCGGGGGCGGAGUGUCUGGAGGUCACGUUCAAUGGACCUGAACUCCUCUUUUAUGCGCCAGCUGCGAUCGCGGUAUGUGGUGCCCCCAUGCCGAUGACAAUUAAUGGAAAGGCGGUAGGGAUGUGGGAACGUCUCGUUGUCCGGGCGGGGCAGACGUUGAAGAUUGGACAGGUCAGUACGGAUGGGUGUCGUGCAUACCUCGCUGUACGUGGCGGAUUCCCCGAAGUCCCGAUCUAUCUGGGUAGUAAGAGUACGAGUCCGAGUGUCUUGUUGGGCGGGUAUCAAGGUCGUACACUCGUUGCGGGUGAUUACCUCGCUCUUGAUGAACGCACGUAUCAAUGGGCGGAGGAGGUCACGGAGUUUGUGUUGCCGGAGGUUUGUAGGCCGAGGUAUACGAAUGAGUGGGAGGUGUGGUGUAUGCCCGGUCCCUAUGACUCCGAUGACUAUAUGACGGCUGAGGAUAGGGAGAUGAUUUAUGGGACUGCGUGGACGGUGUCGCAUAAUUCCAACCGUGUCGGGAUUCGGAUCAUGGGUCCGAAACCGAAAUGGUCGCGUCCUGAUGGCGGCGAAGGUGGAUCUCAUCCAUCCAAUCUGUUCGAUUAUGGAUACCCGAUGGGUUCUAUUAACUGGACUGGUGACGAUCCCGUUAUUUUUGCGAUCGAUGCGCCGAAUUUGGGCGGAUUGUUGUGUUCUCACACUGUUGUUCUCGGGGAUUAUUGGCGGAUGGGACAGUUGAAGCCUGCGGAUACUAUCAGGUUCAAGCGGACGACGUUUGAGAAUGCGCUUGUGUUGAGGAGCAGGGUGGAAGAGUUCGUGGAGCAUGUCGCCGCGCUCGUCAAUGGGGAGAAGGUCGAGCCGAUGGCGUUGGAUUUGGAGUUACCGGAGGGGUAUGGCAGCUCGAUUUUGGCGGAGUUCAAGGCUGAUCCGGCUCAGGGACUGGACUGGGAUAUUCAGUACCGACAAGGCGGUGAUGGAUUCCUGUCUGUUGAGUUCGGACCACAAACGAUUGAUGUGAUCGUCCGAUGCCGUAUUCAGCUCCUCUCUGCCGAAAUCGAGAAGCUUGACGGCAUCAUCUUCUUGAACCCCAACGCACGCUCUCUUACCGUUCAAUAUGAUGGUCAAGUCAUCUCUCAGUCGGAUCUUUUGAACAAGAUGAUCGAGAUCGAGAAGAGUAUUCCGGAAACUCGUAAGGCAGUUAUUCCCUGUCGCGAAAUCCAUUUGCCUAUCGUGUUCGACGAUCCGAUUUUGCAGGAAGCAUCCAAGCGAUACAUGGAGACAAUCCGUCCUACAGCCGCAUAUCUCCCUGACAACAUCGAAUACCUCCGUCGCUCAAACGGUUUCGAAACUCGUGAAGAAGUCUUCCAGGCCGCACUCUCCUCUCCAUUUCUCAUCGCUGCCGUCGGAUUCCUCGCUGGAACCCCCGUCGGAUUCCCACUCCUCCCAACCUCCCGUAUCGUCGGACAGAAAUACAACCCAACGCGUUCGUACACCCCAGCAGGCACCUUAGGAUUGGGCGGCAGCAUGUUCGCAAUCUACCCCUGCGACGCCCCCGGCGGGUACCAACUCUGGGCCCGCACCCUCCCCUGCUGGGACCCCUACGGGACCAAACCCGGCUUCGGCCCAACCCGCCCCUGGCUCUUCGAGGCGUUCGAUCUGGUGUAUUUCCACCAUGUCGAGCGCAGCGAGUACGAGGAUGCGUAUGCGCGGUAUGAGGCUGGGUUGUACGAAUUUGAUAUCCGUCCGACGGAGUUCGAUGUCGGGAAGCAUAUGGAGGAGAUGGCGGGGCAUGAGGAGGAGAGUAAGAGGUUUAAGGAGCGGCAGAGGGUUUGUGCGGCGGAGAUUCAGGCAGAAGAAAAGGCUCUUCUCGCAAAGUGGCUGGAGGAGAAGGCCUCUGCCACGACUGCUUCUGUAGGUUCUUCGAAGGAUGACCUCGAAGCUAUGCUUGCAUUGCCGGGGGCUAUUCCGAUUACGAGUCCGAUGAAUGCGAAUGUCUGGAAGAUUCAGGUGCAGGAAGGUGAUGUGGUUGAGAAGGACGGCCAGGUAUUGAGUAUUCUCGAAGCGAUGAAGAUGGAGAUCAACGUGAGUGCUGGUGCGGAAGCUGUGGGUGGGGUUGUGAAGAUGGUGGUCGUGGAGUCGGGCACGGUAGUUAAGCCUGGGGAUGUGAUCUUGGUCGUUGUUAAGGAAGGGUUUGAGGGGGAGAAUUGA